GGAGCUUAGCUGCAGUACUUGCUGCGUCUCCCGCGCUCACGGUCGAGCUCUGCGCCCUGCCCGGUCUAUGGUGCUGCCCGGAGCCCCCGGCAUCGUCAUGUCGCGCUCGGAGGAGGUGCACAGGAUCACCGAAAAUGUCUACAAGACUAUCAUGGAGCAGUUCAACCCCAGCCUGCGGAACUUCAUUUCCAUGGGGAAGAACUAUGAGAAAGCCUUGGCGGGUGUGACAUAUGCAGCAAAAGGAUAUUUUGAUGCACUGGUUAAAAUGGGAGAGUUGGCCAGCGAAAGCCAAGGAUCAAAGGAACUAGGGGAUGUUCUGUUCCAGAUGGCUGAAGUCCACAGACAGAUUCAGAAUCAGUUAGAAGAGAUGCUGAAGUCCUUCCACAAUGAACUACUAACACAACUGGAACAGAAAGUGGAACUGGAUUCACGGUAUCUAAGUGCUGCGCUGAAGAAGUACCAGACUGAACAACGAAAUAAAGGCGAUUCACUAGAGAAAUGCCAGGGUGAACUGAAGAAGCUUCGAAAGAAGAGUCAAGGGAGCAAGAAUCCUCAGAAAUACUCUGACAAGGAGCUGCAGUUUAUUGAAGCAAUCAGCAACAAGCAAGGUGAACUGGAGAACUAUGUGUCUGAUGGCUACAAGACGGCACUCACAGAGGAGCGGCGGCGGUUCUGCUUCCUGGUGGAGAAACAGUGUGCUGUGGCCAAAAAUGCCCUCUCGUACCAUUCCAAGGGGAAGGACAUCUUGACCCAGAAGCUCCCGCUCUGGCAGCAGUCUUGCUCUGAUCCUAACAAGAUCCCAGACCGUGCCAUUCAGCUUAUGCAGCAGAUGGCCAUUGGCAGCAAUGGGACCGUUAUGCCCAGCCCGCUUUCCACGUCCAAGUCAAACCUCAUCAUCUCAGACCCUAUUCCUGGUGCCAAACCACUCCCAGUCCCACCCGAGCUGGCGCCGUUCGUAGGACGCAUGUCUGCACAAGAGACCAUUCCAGUGAUGAAUGGUGUCUCGAGCUCGGAAGGUGAAGAUUACAACCACUGGUCGGACAGGAAGCCUCCUCAGCCCAAGUCCUUAUCCCCUCCUCAGACUCAGAAGCAGCUGAGUGACUCAUACUCCAACACCCUCCCCGUGCGCAAAAGCGUAAUGCCGAAAAACAGCUAUGCGACCACUGAAAACAAGACGCUGCCCCGUUCCAGCUCCAUGGCAGCAGGACUAGAGAAGAACGGCAGGACGCGAGUACGAGCCAUCUUCUCUCACGCCGCUGGGGAUAACAGCACCCUUCUCAGCUUCAAGGAGGGAGACCUCAUCACUCUGCUGGUGCCAGAGGCCAGAGAUGGGUGGCACUACGGGGAGAGCGAGAAGACAAAAUUGAGAGGCUGGUUUCCUUUCUCCUACACUCGUGUGCUCGACACUGAUGCCAGCGACAGGUUACACAUGAGCCAAGGGAAGAGCAGUAGUACGGGUAACCUGUUGGACAAAGAUGACAUCCCCCCUCCAGAUUACAGCAUGUCGUCUCGAGCUUUCCAGUCGCAAAACGUCAGCACUUUCAAACAGAGGCCGUACAGUGUGGCCAUGCCACCCUUCACCCAGGGCCUGGAUGACUAUGGGACAAGAUCCUCAAGCAGCACGGAUAUUGAAGUGGCCAGGUUUUGAGAGGUGUCCUGACUGUGUAUAGUUGAACCCUUUUGCCAAUGUCCAGCUCAAACCAACGGUGACUAACGAUCGUUCAGCUCCUCUCAUCAGCUGAUCCCAGGGAUGUUGGGUGAUGGCGGGUACCUCGCACCUUUUGAGUUUCACCUGUGCUGCAUCUCUGUGGUCUCCUUGUAAAACAUGCAUGUUUUCCCCACAACUCUAUUUUUGUAGUUAGACUGAAUGCCAGCCUGCUGCUUGAAAAGCAGGUCUUGGCACACUUAUUUUGUUGCUCUCUAGAAACAAACGGAAGAGAUACUUCAGCUUUGGAGUGAUCUUGAAGGUAACUUGUGGUCUCUAUUCUGAAUGGAAAGCUAGACAGAACUAUAAAGCAGGUCCCGCGGUCUUCUUCUGUACUGUUAUAAACUAUGUUCAAAAUAGUCUAAUGAUGGCAACAAGCCAUGAAAGCGAGCAUGGGGAUGAACCUUGCUACUGUUGCAGUGUCGUUUAUGCCCGUUAGAAUUUCUUCUAGUCUGCACAGUUGGAACACACGGAUUUGAGUAAGCAACCUGGACUUCAGUCGUGGUCCAGAAAAGAUUUGACACUGCCCAAUGCCACAGGAUGGUGAUGUCUGCCAGCCCCCAGGUAUCCCAAAUCCCAAACUCAUGAACUGCACCGCUCUGCGUCCAGAGCACUGCAAUAUGGGGACCGAGGUCUCUCUAGUUUUGGCGGCUCAAUACCAGUUUGGUACUGCAGGUCAGCUCUGCUUGUUUGAAAGCUCCUGGUGCAAUGUUCAAAACUGCACCCCAUUCCUCCUUGCGUUUCAAUCUUUUAGUCAGCUUUCCUUUUCAAGUUCCCUUGCCCUGCAGUGUAGGUGGGGGCACAUUCAUGAAGAGCUUUCUUAAGAUUCCCUACAUUGCAAGGCAAAACACACAGUGCUUCACCAGGAUUUGCGCGGUGUGAUGUCAGUGUAUGGCCUCCACUAGCAGCAGCUGCCCACCUGGGCCAGCGGAUCUGUACCUCUGAGGUUCCUGCCACUUGCGGUUUUGUUUUGCACUUGGCAUCACACUGUAAAUCGAAGUUCUGCGGGCAAGUCAGCAGUGAAGGCGAUCUGUCGACUGCUGGGGAAAUCUCCCCGAGAGUUGAGGCUUGUGCCUGCAUCCACUGGGUGGGGACAAGGCAUAGCGCACUCCGUGAAGACGAACUCUCUCCCUCUGCUGUCUCCAUAUGCCUCGCCUUGCAGCCACUGAGGUCGCAUUCAAUUACCACCACCUGCCCCAAUCCCAGGCGGGAAGAAGUAGGGGCCCAGCUCUACACAGUACGUGCCGUCCUACUUCUUUAAGUGUGCGGAUUGUUGUUGAUGGAAGGACCAGCAGGAACUGGAGGACAGACCAACUUCUCCCCUGCCAGCUAUUUGUCUGCACAAAAUCUACCACGCAUAGGAACCUUUCUCUCAGUUCCAAUGUUUAUCUCCCUCCAAAAGUAGGAGAGCAGCUUGAUCCGAUUUUGAAUGGCCAAAGUUGUUAAACAGCCUCUCCCUGUAACUGUUGCUGGUCUUUUGUUGACGCUGAAGCCCAUUUAUUUCCCCUAGCAUUUUUUUUUAAAGAACUAGACUCUAGAGGCCAGCUAGAUCUUACUAGCUCCAUUAUCCCCAGCCAGCAUGGCCAGUAGUAAAUGAUCACAGGAAUCGUAGCCCAGCGAGAGCCACCAGUUUCCAAUCUGUGUUUUAAGGCAAUUGCAAAACUGCCUGGAAUAUGCACUUUGGUCUUCAGAUGUAGCAGGCGUACAAAUUCUAGAAGAUGUAGUCACAUUUAGAGUCCAUGCCUUUCCUUUAUGAGAUGCUGAACAAUGCCGAAGGUAUCUUGUGCCAUCCUGGCUGGUAGGGAGCCCUGACCUCUGGCAUUCUGCUGGUAAAGUACUUCUCACAUAGGUAGGUCACAGUGAAAUUAUAACUUGCUUUUCUCAAACAGAAGUGCAUAAACAGACCGUGUGCUUCCAUACAUGUCUUGAUAGCUAUAUUUUUAUAUAAAAAAAAUUAUAUCUUAGCUUUAAGCCAGUUUUUCAUAAUUACCAGGCUGGAUUGCGCAGGGCAGGAGCAAUCUGGCAAAAGCUACUCUUGACACAAACAGUGAUGAUAGGCAUAGAUACUGGCAAGUUGACCUCAUGGGAGCCAGCAAAUCUUGAGAAGCCAUGUCCUCCUGUUGGCAUGGACUUGCUGACUGGUGCCCAGCUUCCCUGUUGGAAACAUUCUUCAGGUGGCUUGAUAAUGGCCUUGGGGUCCUUGAUCACAGAAGUAUGGUGAGGUCUCAGCCAGAGUGGGUGAAACAGCUGUGAGCCAUGCUAGCAAAAAAGGUCGGAUUCUACUU